UGGUCUAUUAAAUGUCUUCAUCGUCCUUGCAAGUAAGCAACUACCUCACAAGCCCAAUCCACAGACGGCAAUGGCUUCAUGGCUAGCAAUCUUUAUCCCCUUCGUCGUCUUCCUCCUCCUCUUCCGCCGCCGCCGGAGAAAUAACCUGCCACCUGGACCAAAGCCAUGGCCGAUCAUCGGAAACCUCAACCUCAUCGGCCCUCUUCCUCACCACUCGUUUCAUGCACUAUCCAAAAAAUAUGGACCCAUCAUGCAUCUCAAGUUAGGCUUCAAAGACGUGGUGGUCGCCUCCUCUGCCGACGUCGCUAGAGCCUUCCUCAAAACCCACGGCCACAACUUCUCCUCACGACCACCAACCACCGCCGGAAAGUACACAGCCUACAAUUACUCUGGCAUGCUGUGGGCCCCUUAUGGCCCUUAUUGGCGCCAAGCCCGCAAGAUAUGGAGCACAAAACUAGUCUCUCCCAAUAGCAUAAAAUCCUACGAGCAUACCAGAAAGGAAGAGAUGAAAAGCAUGUUGAACGAACUUUUCACUUGUUCAGGAACAACCAUAUUACUGAAAGAUUAUGUUUAUUCUUUAAACCUGAACAUUAUAAGUCGCAUGGUGUUUGGGAAGAAGUGUGUGACGAAGGGUCAAAGUGGCUUUGUUAGCUGGGAAGAGUUGAGAAGACUGCUGAAAGAGUUUUUCUUGCUGAAUACGUUUGCGAAUAUUGGGGAUCUGAUUCCUUGUUUCAGUUUCUUGGACUUGCAGGGUUAUGUUAAGAGAAUGAAGGAUUUCAGUGUGACGAUUGACAGGUUUCUGGAGCAUGUAAUGGAUGAACACGAAGAGAGAAGAGAAGGGAUUGAGGAUUAUGUGGCCAAAGACAUGGUGGAUGUGCUUUUCCAGGUUGCAGACGAUCCCACUCUUGAGGUCAAACUUCAAAGGCACCAUGUCAAAGCAUUUAUUCAGGACCUUUUAACAGGUGGGAUAGACACCUCAACAACAACUAUGGAAUGGGCAAUGUCUGAGCUCUUGAAAAAUCCAAAAACCAUAAAGAAGGCCACAGAAGAGUUAGAUAGAGUGAUUGGAAGAGACAGAUGGGUGGAAGAGAAAGACAUUACUAACUUACCCUAUAUUGUAGCCAUUGUCAAAGAAACAAUGAGAUUGCACCCUGUGGCAUCCUUGUUACCUGCAAAGUUAGCCAUUGAUGAUUCUAAGGUUGUUGGUUAUGACAUCCUGAAAGGGACCCAAGUGAUUGUCAACGUGUGGGCAAUUGGCAGAGACCCUACGAUAUGGGACAACCCUAGUGAGUUUUACCCAGAGAGGUUCAUGGGCAAGGAUAUUGAUGUGAUCGGACAUAACUUUGAGCUAUUGCCAUUUGGAGCUGGAAGAAGGAUAUGUCCUGGUUACUCUCUUGCUCUUAAGGUGGUUCAGUCAGGUUUAGCAAAUUUGGUGCAUGGGUUUUCAUGGAGCUUGCCAGGUAAUAUGACAGAGAUGGACUUGAACAUGGAUGAAACUCUUGGUCUUACUAAUGUCAAAAAGCUAUCAAUUGAAGCUGUUAUUAAGCCUAAGCUUUCUCCCCAUCUUUAUUUCUAAUGAUCAUAUAUAAGGAAAAUAAGAUUCAAGGACUCAAUAUAUAUUUAUAUAUAUAUUAAUGACGAUACUAAUUAAGAACCUUAAGUGAGUUUCAACCAUUAUUUUCCUUAUAUUUGAAUUUGAGUUUGGUGGUC